GCCGCUUGAAGACGACCGACUGGACGGCCGACUCUGCUGCUAAGCUGCUGUGGUCUUUGGCAAGAUAUGGGAAGGGCGAAGAGAUCCAGAAGCACAAGCAGGCCGUGGCGCGUGCCCGCCUUCAGAAGCGCACCGGGGAUUUGCAGUCCGUGCACACCGAGGAGAGUGAUGGCUUGCUCUUCCAAAUCGCCACGCGCCGCGUCAUCGACGAGAUCGACCGCUUCCCCGUCUCGCUCCUGGCGGAUAUCAUUUACACCCACCAUGAGAUCGGCAUCAAGAACGAGCGCCUUUUCCGAGCAGCUCGGACCCAAAACGGCUUGAACUUGAACCACGCGGCGGCACGCGGCUGGUGGUAUGGAAGGUCCCCCAUGACGCCGGCGUUGCAACCUGAGGAAAGUGGAUUUGACAUGUUCUUUAGGACCAUGGCGGUGGUCCAAAAGGGCGACUUCCUCAGGCCUUCCGAUAAGCCCAAACCGCAGGGCAAGAAGACCUACGACAAGCCCCAGGCGCCGGAGCGAACGCAGAAGGGUCAACGUUGGCUAAGCCGGAGCGAACUGGCCGAGCUGAUCCAAACCCUCAGGAAGGCGGUGCCGCAGUACUAUCCGGCAGCGCGGAAGGCGGAGGACGCGCAGGAUCGCGCGCGCGCCCAGUGCGUGGUCUUGGGCCGCGACGUCUUUCACCUGCAGUCCGGUCUUCAUGAUCAGAAGGAGAAUCGGGAGCUCUUAAGGCAUGUGGAAGGUUGGAAGGACCUCGGAGGCCCCAAGGCCCUGGAGGCGCCCUCGCCAGCCUCGCCGCCGGCCUCGCCGCCGGCCUUGCCGCCGAAGACGCCCCAGACGCCCAAGACGUCCGCGAGUCCGGCGGGGCCGGCGUUCUCGCCGCCGAAGACAGCGGAGAAGCGUCCCGGUGAACAGGAAGAGGACCCUGCUGCAAAGAAGUCCGGCGGCGCCCACUGCAAUCGAGCGAUCACGUUGGAGGCCGAAAAAACAAAUGUCAACAGAGGAGAAGGAGCGUUGUCAGAAGCUACUGGAGACAUUGAAAGAGAAGGACAUUUGCAAGGACUGCUUCUUCAGCAAUGA